AGAUUAUCUUCUUUCACAUUUAUUGGUCAUCACGUGGUCACACAACAAUCAACAAAGUCUUGACUUGACUUUUCGCCACUACAAAUGUUACGCAUCUACUCAUUCAUUCUUCUCACACACAACUAUACGUAACAAUGCUGUUGCCUUUCGGCUACUUUGAGCUCAUCCUCGCAGCAUUAUGCUACUACUGUCUCACUGGUUUCCGACAACGGCGCCGGAUAAUGACCGACUGGCCGUUUCUUGCGAUGCUUCCGGCAUUAGUUCGUAAUAUCAGCACGAUCCACGACCGUUGCGCCCAGGUUCUCAACCACACCGGCGGCACUUUCUUGUUCAAAGGUCCACGGUUCUUUCAGAUGAACAUGUUGGCCACCGUAGAUCCCGCCGAUAUCCACCAUAUCAUGAGCUCCAACUUCUUGAAUUUCCCAAAAGGCGAAGAGUUCAAGGAGAUUUUUGAAAUUCUCGGAGACGGUAUUUUCAAUUCCGAUUACGAGUUGUGGCGGAGUCACCGGAAGCUUACCAGUGCUUUAAUUAAUAAUAUGAAGUUUCUACGGUUCGUGGCCAGGAUGAACACUGAAAAGGUGGCUAAGAGCUUGAUUCCUGUUCUUGAUUAUGUGGCCUCAAAAGCGGUUGUUGUGGACAUGCAAGAUGUGUUUCAAAGGCUUACCUUUGACACUACUUGCAUGUUCGUAACUGGAUACGACCCUGGUUGCUUAUCUGUUGAUUUCAAAGACGUGCCAUUUUCGAGGGCCAUGGACGAUGCCGAAGAAGCCAUUUUCGCACGUCACAUCAUUCCCAAAAGCGUGUGGAAGCUACAAAGGUGGUUGGGGAUUGGGAAGGAGAAGAAACUGAAGGAGGCUUCAGAAACCUUAGAUGAUGUGAUAGGGGGUCUCAUUUCAAGAAAAAGAAAAGAUUUGAGUCAAGGGGUCGUGUCAAAAGGUGAGGCAAAUGGUGUCGACAUGUUGACAUCAUUGAUAACCGAGCCUCAGUCUUUCGGUGAUGAAUUCAAAUAUGACGAUAAGUUCUUAAGAGACACGAUCUUGAAUUUGAUGAUUGCGGGGAGGGACACAACAAGCUCCUCGCUAACAUGGUUCCUUUGGCUCGUUAUCACCCACCCAGACGUCGAGAAAAAGAUUCUGGAGGAGAUAAAUGUGAUUAUCCCAACUUCUGAAGCGGGAAGUUUUAAACUUUUCGAUACAGAGGAAACUAACAAGUUGGUCUAUCUACAUGCUGCGUUUUGCGAAGCAUUAAGGCUAUACCCGCCUGUUCCAUUCCAGCAUAAGGCUCCUGUUCAACCCGAUGUUCUUCCUAGUGGCCAUCGUGUCUAUCCCAACAUGAAGAUUUUGUUUUCAUUGUAUGCGCUGGGGAGAAUGAAAAGAAUUUGGGGUAACGAUAGCCGGGAAUUCAAGCCGGAGAGAUGGAUCACCGACAAGCACAUGAUAAGGCACGAGCCAUCGUACAAGUUCUUGUCAUUCAAUGCUGGCCCAAGAACUUGUAUUGGGAAACAAGUGGCAUUCGCUCAAAUAAAGGCCGUAGGUGCGACCAUUUUGCACAACUACAAGUUCGAAAUGGAGGAAGGUCACGUUGUGGCUCCUAACGUUUCAGUCAUUCUCUACAUGAAACAUGGCCUCAAGGUUAGGGUUGCACGUAGACGGCCUUGAUCAUGGUGUAGUCGGUGAUUGAUUUUUAACCAUCGAUUUUAUAAAAAGGAGUAAAAGAACACUUUGGUUAUUCACUUUAGAAAAAUUAUCAAAACAUAUGAUGUUUCUGUUGUAAAUAUCAAAAUAAGUUGGUUCAAGAAGUCAAUCGCCGAUCCAAUAGAAUUUUAAGUCUAUACAAGAGAUAGCAAACUGGGUUAUAUGAUUCCAUAUUUGGUUUAGUGUGUAUACAAUUGUGUAAUGUACAAUAUGUAUAAUAUAUAUAAAUCUUAAUAUUUUUUGUGUAAUUUAGAAUAUGUAUAAUAUAUAUAA